AUGGCGACGCCCACUAUAGGAGGGCCUUUGAAUGUCAAGGGCAAUGAGGCUGCUGCUACCGUUUCCGAUGCUGCUCACACCUACCUCUCUGCCGGCAAGCAGCACGAGCUGAAAGUGAGCUUUGAGGAAUAUCUGCACUAUUCCUCUAUUACACGCGCCGAGGAGAAACUUGCGAAUGAAGCAUACAGGAGCGCACGAGGCCGAUCGGGUUUCAAAUGGGCUUUUGCUCAAACAGGCUACGGUGCUGGCUUCGCGCUUUACGUGUCCUUUGGUCUUCUCUCCGCAUAUUCGGGAUGGAUCCUGUGGAAGAUGUUCCUCGGUCUCGACUCGGACCGGUAUCCCGUGCGCAACUACGCCGACCUCUUCUUCCGGUGCUUCGGACCCUCGUCCGGGUACUUUGUCCACGUCGCCCAGGCGGUCCAACUCUUGAUGAUCAUCGCCUUCCUCAUCUUGCUCAACGGCCAGGCCAUCAGUCAGAUCUCCCAGGUCAACGGCACGGGCCCAGGGCUCUGCUUCAUCGUGUGCGUGCUCGUCUUCGCCCUGGCCGGCAUGAUCGUGGGCCAAAUCCGCACGAUGCAGCGCUUCUCGUGGCUAGCGAAUUUCUCGGUCUGGAUUAACCUGCUGAGCAUGUUUAUCGUUAUGGGCCUGACGUUCGCCGGGACACCGCCUAUCGGUCUUGCUACCGGUGGCUCCGGCUUUGUCGCUUCUGUCAACGGUGCUAUGCAGGCAGUAUUUGCCUAUGGCGGCGCUAUGCUGUUUCCAGCCUUCAUGGCGGAGAUGCGACACCCGAUGGACUUCUGGAAGGGUAUGAUUUGCGCGCAAGCAUUUCUUACAUCUGUGUACUUGAUCUUCGGUAUGGUUGUAUACCACUUCCAGGGACAGUUCACAUUUAUACCCAUAGCUCAGGGAAUUUCAGUGUACGGAUGGCAGACUUGUCUGAACGUCCUUGGGAUGAUUGCUGGUCUGAUAGCCACUGGUCUCUACAGUAACGUCGGGCUGAAGAUUGCAUACAUUGAGGUACUGGAGCCGUUGAGCUUUCCCCCACUGACUUCAUCUAUGGGUAAGGUCUGGUGGGCAUGCUUAAUUCCAGUAUACUGGGCUAUUGGCUUUGUUCUUGCUGCGGCCAUCCCACAGCUGGCCUCUAUAUCAGGCCUGUUCGGGGCAUUGUUUGGGCUGGGUUUCACCUACAUUCUUCCUGCUUGGGGUGCAUUGGGUUACUUCAUUCGUGAGGAUGCCGUCGUCAAGGAUGCCGAGGCUUUCGACGAGACGUCUCGUACCUUCACUCGCGUCGACCAUGGCUGGAGAAGGCUGGCCCGGGGUUUUAUGAAGCGUCCAGUCUUCCACACCUGGAACCUCAUUUAUCUUCUGGGCACGCUUGCAACUUGCGGGCUGGGAUGUUACGCUUCUAUCCUCCAGCUAAUCGGUGCUUUCGAGUCAGGGGUUGCCACCAGCUUUAGUUGCUCAAGUCCUGUGUAA